CGAAUGGUUGAGAAGGAGAUUAACUGUAGAUUGAUCUUGUGGCGUAAAGUGGCGUAAAAAUUAGCCGAAAAUAAGUUUAACGAAUAUCGUGUUUUGAAGUAACAAUGCAUCGGAUCGCAAUCGUUUAACCUUUAACGAACGAUACAAUAAAAACAUUGUUGUUACAUCGAGAGGUGUUAAAUCAUGAACGAAUCGUGUAUAAAAAUCGGAAACAAAGAUUUUAAACAAGGAGUUUACUGUGCGAUUGUCACGAGAAAUGCGUAUAAUGUAAAACAAUUUUGAGGAACAGUCGUGAAAUGCAAUUUGUAAAUCAAGCUUAAUACCUUCAAGCAUUUUUGAUGCGCGAGUAAAUCGGGUAAAAAACCUGAAGUAAAAAGUUCAAUGACAUUACUGGCAAUGGAGCUUUAUCAAAAUUACAAUAAAGUGAACGAGGAAAUCUAUGACCUCCGACGGUCCUCCGUGCAACAAGAUAUCAAAAAGAUUCACAUUGUUGACAAUGUUUACGAACGAACGAGGAGCAAUCGCGAAAGAUUCGUGAAGUCGCCAAAUAGUCAAGACACAAUGGAAUGUGCAUCCGAUUCGAGCAGUGAAAGUUACAAAGAGAUCCAUCGGAAACCGAUGGAAAGAAAAAAUUCAUCACCGGUCGCUGCGUCUAGUGCCUUUACAAUUGAUAAUAUUCUUGGAAGAUGCGAAAAGAAAGAUAUCGAAAUACCGUCUGGUUUAAAUUAUUCCCAAGACAGGGAAGAAGAUCAAGAAGAAAGAGACGAAAAAAUGGAAGGAAAUCAGUUUAUCAGACCAACAGCUGUAUCUGCUACGUAUGCCGGAUUGUACACAUCAGCGGGAUUAUCGUGUUCCGAAGUCACACUAUCAGAUCCUUCUGCUUAUUCGGCAACGUCCCUUGCUUCUGCAUCUAUUUUAUAUAACAAUUGGUUUGCUCAGUCGAAGCCUGGUCAGUUGUUCGGUCUACAAGCGCCUAAACCAAGUGGAAGACGAUCCAGAAAGCCGGGAAUCGACAGAAAACCACGUCAAGCAUACAGUGCAAAACAAUUGGAAAGACUUGAAGCUGAAUUUAAGAUCGACAAAUAUUUGAGUGUGAGCAAACGAAUGGAACUAUCGAAAUCCCUAAAUUUGACAGAAGUACAAAUAAAAACAUGGUUUCAAAAUCGUCGUACCAAGUGGAAGAAACAACUUACUUCCAGACUGAAGAUUGCCCAAAGGCAAGGGCUUUUCCCACCCCCUUACUUCCCACCAGCUCAAUAUUCUUUAUUACCAUACUAUACUACGCCACUUGUGUUUGGAACUCCAGCGUCAGAUGACGCCAAUAUUAACGCAAUGGCGAUACCAUCACGACCUGUGGCAUCAUCGCCAGAUACAGUUUGAACAAAUAUCGAUUUGAACUACUUAGCCGACAUGAGAGAAGCACGAGUCAAGUACAAUGUACCUCAUCUAUGAUGUGAUCGAGACUCAUUAUCAGUUCCUUAAUUCAACAUACUUAUUGUUAAAUGAUUUCAUACAAAAGGCAUGCUCGACACCUAACGUAUAUAUUUUUCUUUCCAAUAGUUCUACUAGCUGAUUGAACAAGUGUAAAAUACAAACUUAUGUUACCAGAAAUGCAUCAUAUGAUAAAAUUUUGUGUACAUAAAUUACAACUACAAUAAACAAAAAUCAAAAGGAACCUUUGCUUUCCACAAGGUAUAAUGUGUCAUCUAUUGAAUGUUUAAUAAAACAAAAAUUACAAAUAAAAAGAAAAAGAAAGAUUAAAUCACUGAACAUAAAAAAAUUUCUUGGAAAUCAAAGUUUAUUUAUAUUAUAAAAAGUAUAGAAAGACUUAUUUUAUAAUAAUGAUUAAAUGCAAAGUAGAUAACUCUUAUACCUUAAGAUAUUUGCUUCAGCUUGUGUAAUAAAUAUU